ACUCCGCACGUCAAAAAAGACAAGACAGUCACCUGCUCGGCUCACAAAUAAGUUUCUAGACAAAUAUUCUAAUCAGAUCGAGAGAGGGAUGAUUUCAGAUCUGGUCCUCUGAGCGGCGGAGGUCGACUUUAAAUUCCUGUCAGUGCGCUUUAGGUGAGGCGAAAAGUCCACAGUGUUGUUUUGUGAUUUCCCCCCCUUUUUUUUCUUAUUCAGUUGGACGCCAGAGCGCAAACUUAUGACAUUUGACACCGUCCGGGAGCCAGGCUGCAAAUGGGCGGCAUAGGUGGCAACCUCUACCUCAGCAUGUUGAAUGGGACUGAAACGCAAACUUUCGGAAAGAACGCCGACAUCAGCAGUCACCUCCACCGCGGCGGCAAGGAUCUAGCCGAGUUUAAAAUGGGGAUUCAGGACGCGAGGUUCUACUACCCGGACUCUGUUCAGGGCGGCCAGGACGCUCUGGCUCUGCCGUACCACUCGGAGCAGGCGGUGGGAGGGUACGCGGCGCAGCCCGGCAGGUUUUACGCACAGACCCUGAGCAGCUGCCCGUACGGCGGCGUGCGGUCUCCGCCGAGGAGCGCAGCCGGCCAGGGCUACAUCCCCGCGGCGGGAGACGGGUUUCCCACCGGCGCUAAAGACGUGUACUCUCCCUCCCCGGAGAAUUACCCCGCCAGCUUUCAGCACGGCUACCAGCGGCCGUCUCUCUACCCUUUACCUGGGCUACAGGUGUGCGGCAAGACUCAGGCUCUGCUCAAUAACUACCCGCUGUGGGCCAAGUUCCACAAGUUCCAGACCGAGAUGAUAAUCACCAAACAGGGGAGGAGGAUGUUCCCCUUUCUGAGCUUCAAUAUCAGCGUUCUGGACCCGUCGGCCCACUAUAACGUCUACGUGGACGUGGUUCUGGCCGAUCAGCACCACUGGAGGUACCAGGGCGGCAAGUGGGUCCAGUGUGGGAAAGCAGAAGGGAACAUGCCAGGUAACAGGACGUACAUGCACCCCGACUCUCCAACACAGGACAACCUGAAUAUGAUCGUCCUCCAGUCGCUCCAUAAAUACCCUCGUCUUCACAUCGUGGAGGUGAAGGAGGAUGGAUCGGAGGACCCCUUCCUCACCGCUAAAGCCCAAACCUUCGUCUUCCCAGAGACUCAGUUCAUCGCUGUCACUGCUUAUCAGAAUGCAGACAUCACUCAGCUGAAAAUAGACCACAACCCUUCGCUAAAGGUUCCGCGACACGACACGCUGUAUGCUCCUCCGACUUGAUCGCUCACCCUCCCUGAGAGCCAGCAGUGCUGCGGGAGCUGCUACCUCACUACCUUCCGACAGUACAUGAGCCCUGCCCAGCCGCUCUACAGCGCGAAAGCCAUCGGCAACCCGCAGCACAAAGACCCGUCCUCCAGCCCGAGCCCUCACAGCCGUGUACCUACCCCUCAGCAGGGCGUCGCCCCGAACCGCCUUGACUUCACCGCCUCCUACGGUGAUUUCUGAAAUAGUUUCUACAAGCCUUUCCCUGCAGACGUCCACCCACCAUGCCCUCAGCUACUACCAGACCACCCGUUUGCAUCUACGAGUGUGUCAGGAGCCACCUCAGCCGCCUGGAGCACAGCCGGCCCCCCCUCAGUACUCAGCCACCCCGGUAAACCCGGCCCCAGUCGGUUCAGACCCAUAUCGUCCUCGUCUUCCUCCUCAUCGUCCUCCACGUGCCCGCAACCCAGGCUUCAUCCUCCGUCGCUCCGAGUCGCUGCAGCCGCCCUGCUGCAGGACAAACCCAAAGACAUGUGGGGUCGUGGCCGAGGACCCUGGCUCGAGCCGCCCUCUGUGAAAUCGGACUCGGCCGACUCGGGCCUGUUUGAGGGCGGUGGCGACAACAAGAAGAGGGUGUCGCCGUACGCGUCCAGCAAAACUCCCCGCCCGCGCAGUGGAGAGGCCUGCGAGAAAGACAGCAACAGCGACGCAGACUACUACGGCUACUACACCACUGAAGGCCUCACACGGCAGCGCAGCAUCUCCCAGCAUCAACCACUCCGCCUCAUGGACACACACCAGUCUGUCCAGUCAGGAAGAGCUGCGGCAGCGUCCACAUCUGCUGCAGCGCGACCUCAUCCAACGCCACAUCUCCAGUCACUCCACAAAGCCUCGAAGAUGAUCACAGGAGGAACUUUCAAGGUUGCUGUCAAGUUAGCAUUGAACACGAGUGGAUGUGACCGGACUCCUGCCCGGGUCACAUAAACCACGCAGACCUGUGACUUUAGCCUUCGAAACAUCUGGAGAUUUGAAAAGAAAUGAUCUGCAUAUCUGCCCGCUGACAGACGCCUGCAGGGAUUGUCUGUUCUUCCUGCGUCAAACACUCUGUCUGUCUCUUCUGCUCUGCCUCUUCCUUCUCACCCUCAGCCAUUCACACCUCCUCUCACAAUAUGCUCACGUUCACAUCUCCCGAUGAGCGAAAUCACCUUUGCACACACUCAGGCAGCCCUCAGUCCAAUUAGGCCCAACAUGGUCGAUGCAGCUCCCACUAGUGGCGGCAGAGCGGCACUGCAGGCCGACAAUGCAGAGGCCAAAGUGUUUGAACUGAUGGAGGGGCAUUAAGGCAGCUUAGUGAGCACAUGUUCUGAAGUAAAGCUAAUCUGUCUCCACCGCAUCAGGACAACCUUUUGUGUGUGUGCGUACGGCAAAUCAACAGCAGAAACGGCAGGUUGUGUGCAGCUGGAGGCAACAUAUCGAACAAGUUCAAAGAAAACUGAAAGGAGUAUUAAAUAAUAGGAAAACAAGCAGCAGCUUGCAUCUGCAGAGUCUCUAUAAAAUUACUGAUCUGGAUUAAAAGCUAGAUUUACAACAGAAAAGAGCCCAUGUGGGUAUUUGCAGGAAAACAAAGUUAUUAAAUCUAUUUUAAUAACGGUUCACACUGUAAUAUUAUUUAUUUAAAGUCUAAAUCUGACAGGCAAGUAACAGAAAAGCACAAUAAAUAUUUAAAGAGGAGCUCUCAAUGUAAAAAAAAAACUGCAAAAAUGCUUAAAUUAUACCUUACAGAGACAAUCUAAUUUGUGUUUGUGGUCAGAUUUUGAACAAAAUUGCCCAACAUUUGCUAUUUUUCUUUGUCAAAAAUGUUUAAGUUAAACAUCUUUUUUUUAAAUGGCUAGUCAGACAUAGAAAACUUUAGAAAUCAUCACUUUUCACUUUAUAUCUUGAUCAAAUGGUACCUGGUCAACUUGUGCGACAAUUCAGCAACUGCCA